UGUGUCACGACGCCCUGGAGGAGUUAAUGGUGACCUUUGUCCACACCAUCCACCUGCAACAUCCACCUGCAACAUCCACCACCCAUCCACCUGCAACAUCCACCACCCAUCCACCUGCAACAUCCACCACCCAUCCACCUGCCAUCCACCUGCUAUCCACCUGCUAUCCACCUGCAACAUCCAUCUGCCAUCCACCUGCAACAUCCACCUGCAACAUCCACCUGCAACAUACACCACCCAUCCACCUGCCAUCCACCUGCCAUCCACCUGCAACAUCCACCUGCAACAUCUACCUGCCAUCCACCUGCCAUCCACCUGCAACAUCCAUCUGCCAUCCACCUGCCACCUGCAACAUCCACCACCCAUCCACCUGCCAUCCACCUGCAACAUCCACCUGCAACAUCCACCUGCCAUCCACCUGCAACAUCCAUCUGCCAUCCACCUGCCACCUGCAACAUCCACCACCCAUCCACCUGCCAUCCACCUGCAACAUCCACCUGCAACAUCCACCUGCAACAUCCACCACCCAUCCACCUGCCAUCCACCUGCAACAUCCACCUGUCAUCCACCUGCAACAUCCACCUGCAACAUCCACCUGCAGCAUCCACCUGUCAUCCACUUGCAACAUCCACCUGCAACAUCCACCUGCAACAUCCACCACCCAUCCACCUGCCAUCCACCACCCAUCCACCUGCAACAUCCACCUGCCAUCCACCUCCAACAUCCAUCUGCCAUCCACCUGCCACCUGCAACAUCCACCACCCAUCCACCUGCAACAUCCACCACCCUUCCACCUGCAACAUCUACCUGCAACAUCCACCACCCAUCCACCUGCCAUCCACCUGCAACAUCCACCACCCAUCCACCUGCCAUCCACCUGCAACAUUCACCUGCAACAUCCACCUGCCAUCCACCUGCAACAUCCACCUGCAACAUCCACCACCCAUCCACCUGCCAUCCACCUGCAACAUUCACCUGCAACAUCCACCUGCAACAUCCACCACCCAUCCACCUGCCAUCCACCUGCAACAUCCACCUGCCAUCCACCUGCAACAUCCACCUGCAACAUCCACCUGCCAUCCACUUGCAACAUCCACCACCCAUCCACCUGCCAUCCACCUGCAACAUCCACCUGCAACAUCCACCUGCCAUCCACCUGUCAUUUACCUGCAACAUCCACCUGCCAUCCACUUGCAACAUCCACUUGCAACAUCCACCUGCCAUCCACCUGCCAUCCACCUGCCAUCCACAUGCCAUCCACCUGCCAUCCACAUGCAACAUCCACUUGCAACAUCCACCUGCCAUCCACCUGCAACAUCCACCUGCCAUCCACUUGCAACAUGCACCUGCCAUCCACCUGCAACAUCCACCUGCCAUCCACCUGCAACAUCCACCUGCAACAUCCACCUGCCAUCCACUUGCAACAUCCACCUGCAACAUCCACCUGCAAUCUACUUGCAACAUCCACCUGCCAUCCACCUGCAACAUCCACCUGCCAUCCACCUGCCAUCCACUUGCAACAUCCACCUGCAACAUCCACCACGCAUCCACCUGCAACAUCCACCACCCAUCCACCUGCAACAUCCAUCACCCAUCCACUUGCAACAUCCACCUGCCAUCCACUUGCAACAUCCACCUGCCAUCCACUUGCAUCAUCCACCUGCCAUCCACUUGCAACAUCCACCUGCCAUCCACUUGCAACAUCCACCUGCCAUCCACCUGCCAUCCACCUGCAACAUCCACUUGCAACAUCCACCUGCCAUCCACCUGCCAUCCACUUGCAACAUCCACCUGCAAUAUCCACCACCCAUCCACCUGCAACAUCCAUCACCCAUCCACUUGCAACAUCCACCUGCCAUCCACUUGCAACAUCCACCACCCAUCCACCUGCAACAUCCAUCACCCAUCCACUUGCAACAUCCACCUGCCAUCCACUUGCAACAUCCACCUGCCAUCCACUUGCAACAUCUACCUGCCAUCCACUUGCAACAUCUACCUGCCAUCCACUUGCAACAUCCACCUGCCAUCCACCUGCCAUCCACCUGUAACAUCCACCUGCAACAUCCACCUGCCAUCCACAUGCAACAUCCACCUGCCAUCCACUUGCAACAUCCACCUGCCAUCCACCUGCAAUAUCCACCUGCCGUCCACCUGCCAUCCACUUGCAACAUCCACCUGCCAUCCACCUGCCAUUCACCUGCAACAUCCACCUGCAACAUCCACCUGCCAUCCACCUGCCAUCCACCUGCCAUCCUCCUGCCAUCCACCUGCAACAUCCACCUGCAACAUCCACCUGCCAUCCACCUGCCAUCCACCUGCCAUGGCAACCUUUACGGCCAAAGUCUAG